AUGCUGUUCGCGGCUCGAUGUCCGGACUGUCCCCUGUUUGGUCACGUCGUGGUACACAUCUGUUUAUGGCGUGUUUAUGGCAUGAAUACAUUUUACGGAUGCUUGUUUACUGCCUGUGGUAAAAACACAGCUGCAACCGACUUCUGUCGGCCUGACAAGCACGGAAGUGGUCCUGGCCAACAGCCAGGUCGAUUUGUCGUGUUCCUUUUGAUUCCGCAGAAUCUUUAUAAACAUGGGCACCUGCUGGUUCACGGCCAUCAGCGGUUGGCGUCAGCACCAUUAAGUGGUCAUGCCUUGCCGUCGAAUGUGACGGCGGACACUUCGCACCUGGCUGUAACCUUGACGCCCAGCCGGACCACAUUUCGAUGCAGCAAUUCUAACCACCGUUGCCCAAUGUCAGUCGAUGUUUCGGAACUUUCGGUGUCGCUGACGAGCCCUCGCUGA